AUGCCGAUGCCGCAGAAGAGGCGCGGCCGCCGCAGGAGGGUUCCUCGACAAGGACCCUCCCGCCGGCGCCGCGGUGAAGAAGGCGCAUCGUUGUCCAGAUCCCAUGUCGAAUCGGACAGCAGCAGCACGACAUCCAGCGCGCAGCCGUCCGGAUCCUUGGACGAGCUGGCCGGGCGGACUUCCAGCGGACCCCCGUCAGGAUCCUUCGACGAGGUGCCGGACGCCUGGCCGGCUCGCGAGUCCAGGUACCAUGAAAUCCUCGCCUCGCGCCUCGCGGAGUUGCAGUUACAGUUAUGCGCCGCCGCCGCCGACAUCCCAAAUCUUCCUUCGGAUGAAAUUGUCCAAGCCCUCACUCGUUCUAAUUUCUAUGAUGAUGAGCUGCGGGCUGCGCUGGUAGAAUAUCAAGUCCAAAAGUUCUUGAGCGAACCCCACGGGCCAGGUGUUGGAGAGAGAAAUUCUGUAGAGGACAUGGGCGAUGAUAUCCCUGAGGAGGAAUUCGUCAACUACUCCGAAAAGCUAAAGGCUUGCAGACCUGCUGAAAUCGACACUGAGACUCGUCUGAAUCAGGAGGAGUUUCGCGAGCUCCAUGUCAAGUAUGUAGGUUACCGCAUCAAAGCCUACCUGUUGCUGAAAGGGAAGCAUAUCGACGAGCUAGACGAAGCUACAUCGGAAUGCAAGUACCCUCUCGAGCUUGCAUUGGAGAAUACAUGUUUCUCUCCUUACCUGGAAGAUGGUGUCUUUGGCUGGUAUUUCGACUCUGACCUCUGUUUACUUAAGUCAUUGAGUGACUACCAGCGGCUAGUCCUCCCUAACUGUGCUUGGAGUGAGUAUGAAAGCUUGAGUCAGUACAUCUUGUUUUAUAACACCCAUGAAGCUGAUAGAGACUAUGUGCUGUACUGGGAAAAGAUGGUCAAGGAAAUUAAGUGGCUUGAAAAUCAUGUGCUUAAAGAAGAUACUCCGGAGUGGGAUCAAAUCCAUCGUAAAGGUUUUUACCAAGCAAUUAGGAUUGCUGCUAAGUUCCACAACAUUGAUUUCGGUCUAGCAUAUUAUGGUUUCAUGGAGUAUAUAUGGAGGACUCGCUUUUAUGUUGUGUUUGUGAAAGAUCUUGACCGUGCCUAUUUUGAGAUUUGGAAGCGGGUCAAGGGUCAGACAAGUUUCAGAGAUGCUCUGCAGGAAGUUUGCACUGAGAAUUUGGUACCAUCGCGCCAGCAAACUUUGAAGGCCGAGCUGCAGCGGCCCGGAGGCUUUUUGCAACUGGAGCGGCAAUUCCGCCGGUGCACAGAGGGCAUUAGUAAGGAAGUGAAGCUUCCGGAUUGGAGAGUCCAAGAGUUGAUUGCGCAGGAAAUUAAUUACAAGCGUGCAUUGCCAAAGACGUAUGCACACUACGCCAGGAAGAAGCUCCAGAUUGCAGAAGUCUUAGGAAUGAUUCCCAAGGCCGAGAUACCAGCGUAG